CUCCUAGGACCCUCGGCCUUGUCUGCGGUUAUCAUAUUUUUAGUGCUCUUACCUCUGAACUUUGGGAUCAGCAAGAAGAGGAGCCAGCUCCAGGAAGCUCAGAUAAAGCAUAAGGACAGCCGUGCAAGGCUGACCAGCACCAUCCUCAGUGCCCUGAAGGUCCUCAAACUCCAUGGCUGGGAGAAGAACUUCCUAAGCAAAGUACUGGGCAUCCGAACUCAAGAACUUCAAGCUCUCAAGAUGUCUCAGUUCCUCUUCUCAGCUUCUCUUGCGUCUUUCCAGUCAUCCACUUUUUUGAUUUCAUUCAUCAUCUUUGCGGUCUACACGUUGUCAGAUAAGACAAAUAUCCUGGAUGCUAAGAAAGCUUUUGUUUCUAUAAGCUUGGUCAACAUUCUCAAUACUGCUCAUUCCUUCCUUCCAUUUUCCAUUAAUGCUGUUGUGCAGAUCCGAAUUCCAUCAUUGUCACGAAUGGAACUUUCAGCUGGUGCAGAGAAAGCAAUCCGUGCCUGAAAAGGAUAAAUCUUACUGUACCCCAGGGCAGUCUGUGUGCUGUGGUGGGUCACGUGGGGGCUGGGAAAUCCACCCUGCUCUCGGCGUUACUUGGUGAACUGCAAAGGAUCGAAGGUUCGGUAGCAAUGAAG